CUGAAAAUUAAGAGCAAUCUAAACAAAACUACAGAGUGAGAGAAUUCAACAUAGUUAGAGAGGAAGAGAGAAACCAUGGGUCGGUCGAGGUCAUCGUCGUGUUCAAUAGUGUCAAUGUUAUUAGUAGUAACUUUGAUCAUGGUAAUGGUGAAAGAAAGUUGUUCAACAGGAAGAGAAUUUACAGCAAGAAACAAUAAAGAAGCAAAUACCAUUGACUAUGCAGAUGCUUUAACAAAAAGUAUUUUAUUUUUCGAAGGACAACGAUCAGGAAAAUUACCUGGAAAUCAAAGAAUGACAUGGAGGAAAGAUUCUGCUCUCAAUGAUGGUUCAUUAAUCGGGGUUGAUCUUUCAGGAGGAUACUACGAUGCCGGGGACAACCUAAAGUUCAAUUUUCCUAUGGCGUUCACAACAACAAUAUUAGCUUGGAGUAUUUUGGAGUUCGGCCAACUCAUGGGUUCUGAUCUACAAUAUGCCAUGGAUGCAGUAAAAUGGUCAACAGACUAUUUUAUUAAAUGCACGAAUAACCCUGACGUGAUUUACGUUCAAGUUGGAGAACCUUAUAGUGAUCAUGGUUGUUGGGAUAGGCCUGAGGAUAUGGACACUGAUCGAAUGGCAUAUGCUAUUAACACGACCCGUCCUGGCUCUGAGGUUUCAGCAGAAAUGGCUGCUGCGCUAGCAGCUUCCUCCAUCGUCUUUAAAUCUAGCGACCCUGUUUAUUCUAAAACACUUCUCGAUAGGGCAACACUGGUUUUCAACUUUGCAAAUACAUACCAAGGAAAUUAUAACGAUUGCCUGAAGCCGUUUGUUUGCCCUUUCUAUUGUGAUUGGAGUGGUUUCCUGGAUGAAUUGGCUUGGGGUGCUCUGUGGCUAUACAAGGCAACACAUCAACCUAGCUAUUUGGAUAUCCUCACCAUGAAUAUUAAAAAAAUGAAAUCCACCAAUUACAUUGCAUAUGCUCAUGAAUUUGGUUGGGAUAAUAAGGAUGCUGGCAUCAACGUACUCGCUACCAUUGAGUUGCUUUUGAACGGAUCAUCACUAUCCAACGACGGAGAGGAAUACCGCUUACAUGCCGAUCAAUUUGUUUGCGGCAUAUUGCCAGAAAACCCCACUAGCGUGAAUUAUUCUCAAGGUGGGAUGAUGCAUAAAAAGGCAGGAAGUAACACACAAGUUGCAGGAGCGAUUUCGUUUAUUACUCUUGUCUAUGCUGUCCACUUAGAUAAGGCUCAACAAGCCAUUCAAUGUCCUGAUGGUACUCAGGUUACUCCACAGAGAAUGGUUGCCAUUGCCAAGAGUCAGGUGGAUUACAUUUUGGGAAAUAACCCAUUGGGCAUGUCAUACAUGGUUGGAUACGGUAACAAGUUCCCAACUAGAAUACAUCAUCGUGCAUCCUCAAUGCCAUCGCUCGAUCAACAUCCAGAGCAGAUGCACUGUAAAGAUGGGACGCCCUACUUUGAAACCUCAAAUCCUAACCCAAAUUUGCUGAUAGGAGCUGUUGUUGGAGGACCAGAUAUGAAUGAUCAAUUUGCCGAUGCUCGGGUAGAAUUUACUGCAUCAGAACCGACAACUUACAUCAAUGCGCCUCUAACCGGGCUAUUCGCCUACUUUGCUCACAAUACUUAAUUACAAAUAAUAAUUAAAUAUGCUCGUGUAAUCAAUCUCGUCAUAUCCAUUCUUUCUCAAAUGUCCUUUUGUAGGCUCCAUUAACCCUAUUUGGGUUUUAAAUGAAUGAGAAUAAUUAAUUACAAAAAGCUUUUGAGUUU